AUGUUUACUAUUGUGUGUGUUGAAGUUAUGGAAAUUUUGUUAAUAUUUUCUAUGCAUUUGGUUAAAGAAGCAAAAGGACCCAAUUUGGUUGAAAGAGCAAAGGAAGAAUUUGAGGCUAUAUUGCAUUCUCACAAGUCUUCAAGCCAUCAUCGUAGGGAAACUCAUGGAUUGAAUAGUGAUAUUGACGAGAAUACCUUGGUUGAUGAUGUUAAGGCUCCAAAUGUGUUUGAAAGAGCCAAGGAGGAGUUUCAAGCCAUUGCUCAAGUGUUCCAUCACAAUAAUGAGAAAGCUUCAACUCAUGAUAUAAGGAAUGGAAAUCAAAAGGUGGAAACAAACCAUAAACAAGAAAUCUCAAGUUCUUCAUCAGAAGCAAAAGCUAAGGAAGGCAACAUAUUUCUAAAAGCUAAGGCAGAGAUUAAAUCUGUGAUUCAUCAUCUUGAUAAAUCAAAACAGCAUCAUCAUGAUAAAGAAACUCAUGGAAUGAAUGAUGAUAUCGAUGAGAAUACUCCUAUAAAUGAAGUUAAGGCACCAAAUGUCUUUGAGAGAGUAAAGGAAGAAUUUGAAGCUGUUUUACAAGCAAUGCAUCCUAAGAAAGAAAGUUGA